GAGUUUUUGACACAGUCAAAUUGGUUGAUCGUCAACUUGCAAACCCUUUUGAGACACGUAGGGCAGGAUGAUUUCCUAGUCGACCGUGACCACGUGGUAAUCGUGCAAAACAACCUCCACAUCGUUCCCCCAUCCCCUGUUUAAAAAGGUCUGUGAACAAGUUCCUCCUGUAACUUAAAUAUCAUUCCCGUUUCAAGGCAAUGGGAGAUUAGCCAGGACACUGGAAAUAACUGCACUCCCCCUCACCACUUUAAGGUGGUGUCACAGGAUCCUGUAUGCCCAUCUAAGUGGGCAGACUGAUGGGUCUUGGAUUAACACCUUGUCUGAAAGAUGGCACCUCCAGUAGCAUGGCACGCCCUCUGUAGUGUCCUGGGAGAUCAUGCUUGACAUCAUGUGCUGGAGUGGGACUGAAACUUGCUAACCCUGAGUGCCACCCACUGAACCAAGGCAGACGUUAAUGGAUGGGGUGCGAUGCCUCUGCAGUUGAGCAGCCUUCCACCUGCUGCGGUCUAGCCUCCCAUGGGCUGGAAUGCCCCUUGGCUGGGGCACUGCAGGAAAUCCAACCUAAAAGGACUCGGACAACACGGCAUCAUCGGGGUCACACAGCCACGAAGAGUGGCUGCGAUUUCUGUGGCCCUCCGAGUAGCGGAGGAGAUGGCCUGUCCUCCAGGUAGCAGAGUGGGUUACCAGGUCCGCUUUGAUGACUGUACCUCUGAGGAGACGGCAAUAAAGUACAUGACGGAUGGCUGUUUGCUUCGGGAGAUUCUUCAAGACCCUUGCCUCAGCCGAUACAGCGUCAUCAUCCUGGACGAGGCCCACGAGAGGAGCCUCAGCACAGAUAUUCUCUUUGGUUUGCUCAGGUGCCAGUCGGCCUGGGCGCCAGUGUUGCGAGAGCGCGAGGUGCCCCUGAAGAUCAUUGUGAUGUCAGCGACGCUGGAGGUAGAGAAGCUCACGCAAUUCCUGGGUGGUUGCCCCGUUUGUCACGUGUCUGGCAGGAUGUACCCUGUCGAGGAAAUAUUCUGCAACCUGAUUGGACCAAAGGACAAAGAGGGCUCGGGCUUGGUGAAAGAGGUUGCAAACAUCACGGUGGAUAUUCACAUGAAUGAGCCCGAAGGAGACAUCCUUGUGUUUUUAACAGGGCAGUCUGAGAUUGAGCGAGCAUGUGACUUGCUUUUCCAGAAGGGAGAAUCAAUCAAUUACCGGUAUGACGUGAGAGAUAGAUCAAUCGAAGGGCUGCUCAUACUGCCACUAUAUGGGUCUAUGUCAACAGAUCAACAGAGGAAGGUUUUUCUUCCUGCUCCACUUCACAUUCGGAAAUGCGUCGUUGCUACGAAUAUUGCAGCCACUUCCCUGACGAUUGAUGGAAUAAGAUACGUCGUAGAUUGUGGUUUUGUGAAGCAGCUGAAUCACAACCCACGUGUUGGACUUGACAUACUGGAGGUGGUUCCAAUAUCAAAGAGUGAAGCUGUGCAACGAGCAGGAAGAGCUGGGAGAACAUCUGCUGGAAAAUGUUACAGGAUUUACAGCAAAUUAUUCUGGGAGACAUGCAUGCCUGAUCACAUGGUCCCGGAGAUCCAGAGAACAAGUUUAUCAUUUGUGAUCCUUACCCUGAAGUGUCUUGGUGUGAACAAUGUUGUAGGGUUUCCUUACCUCGAUAGCCCAGAGGAGAGGCACAUCCUGGAGGCACUGAAGAACCUCUACCAGAAUGAUGCUAUUGACAGGACAGGCUGUGUGACCAAACUUGGGCGGCUGAUGGUUGAGUUUCCUCUCCGGCCGUCUCUGACCCGGGCACUGAUAAAAGCCGCGGCCAUAGGCUGCGAAUAUCUUUUGCUUCCAGUGGCUGCCAUGCUGUCAGUGGAAAGCGUUUUCAUUCGACCAGGGAAGCCAGAGAAACAGCAGGAAGCUGAGCUGAGGCACCGGGAACUGGCCCUGGAGGCUGGGGGCAGCAAUGACUUUGUUACCUUACUCAACGUAUUCGAGAAGUGCAGAGGGAGUGAUUCACCGGCUUCCUGGUGCCGUGAACAUUGGAUCCACUGGCGAGCGAUGAAGACUGCAUUUAAUGUGGAGACACAGCUACGAGAAAUACUCGAUAAACUGAAACAGAAGAAGGACUUUCCCUCAGAGACCUUCAAUGGCUCCAGGUCUGAGCUGCUGAGAAGAUGUUUGUGUGCUGGGUAUUUCUGCAACGUGGCCAGAAGGUCUGUUGGUAAAACCUUUCACACCAUGGAUGGACACGGAUCAGUUGUCCACAUUCAUCCGUCCUCUAUUCUGUUUGAUCAAGAAAGCCAGCUCGAUUGGAUCAUCUUUCAUGAUGUUAUGGCCACAUCAAAGAUUUAUGUGCGAACACUGUGUCCAGUCCGUUAUGAGUGGGUGAAGGAUCUGCUGCCCAAGUUACAUGAGGUUGAUGUGUACCAGCUGAGCAGCAUGGCAAAGAAUGAGAUGGCAGUGAGCACCACCCAACCAAGAGAGGCAUUAAACAAGACCAAAAAACAAGCAGAGCAAACCCUAGAAGCAGCCCAAAAGAAACUGGAAAAGAGGAACGAUGAGAAAUCUAUAUCUGAUGCUCGGGCGAGAUAUCUACAGCGCAAAUUAGACAAGUCACAGCAGAAUUGGAUGGGCCAGUGAAGGUUCAGAGGAGCUGGUGGAAGAUGAAAGUCGUCUCAUAUAGAUCCCACUGCAUCACAACGGCUGAAUGUUAUAGAUGCUAACAACUCUUAGGCUCCCCAGGAUAAAGGUUCCAAAUAAUCUUUGGAAAAUUUAGUGAAUACUAGUUCAGUGCUUGUGUCAAUGCAUCUGUGGAACUGAGGCCAAAUGUACCACUCCUAUAGUGGAGGCAGAGAUUGGGCAAUUUAUUCUCAAGGUGUACAUUCUUACUUUUAAAAUGUAUUUCUGUUAUGAAUUCCACAUUUACAGCAAAAAGAUCAACAUUAAUGUGUCACGCAUCUAAUCAUCUUCUGUCUUGAGGUAGAUGCCAUUGCAACAUGACUAGAUUUUGUGCAGUUUGUUACAAAUGAGCCCCAUACACCAACCUGUCAAAGCCUUUUCAAUUGAUGUAAAUAUAUUGAAGAACAAGAGCCAUCAAACAGUCCACACCUCUAAUGUUGCCGCCUGAGAGCUGCAAUAUUACCCUGUGCCUUGAAUUUCUGCCAGGCAAAUAUUAGCAACUGAAUAUUCAAAAUGUAACUAGCCAGGUUUACAUCCAUUUUGGAAUGUAGUGGGCAGAGGCAGUUCAUGUGAGUUUGUUAUCGAUACAGUAAUAUUUGCUUAACAAAGCAUGUUUGUAUUUCCUUUUAAUGUACAAAUCCCUCCACAGCACUUCAGUUUAGGUGAAAAAGCAAAUGAAAUUAAUAAAUGACGGCUAUUGCAAGACUUUAUGAAUGGAUGUUAUGAUAAAGUAAUUUGUAUAUAUUAAAAUCUCAGUUAUUUUUAUACAAUGAAAUUAAGCAAAAGGUUUAAAAAAUAACUUCUGUAAUGUUCCUUUUUUUUAAAAUUAAGAAUAAAAUUUAAAGUGUUUAUAAUCAUGCCUAAAUGAAGAGUAUCAAGACAAUUAUUGUUUGUCUUUUAAAACAUUUAGGAUUAUCAUUUACAGCAGAUUUGACAAUGGUGAAGCUAUUGGGACAUCACACUACCCUGGU